CUAAACAUAUGUAAAUAAACUCAAUAAUGGCUUACCAAUCUCUUCAAAAAAAAAAUAAUGGCUUACCAAACACACUAAAGCCCUACAAUUUCGUUCUCUCCGUCUCUCUCAGCUUCACCUCCGCCGUCACGCACCUCCACCGCUCAGCUUCGCUCUCUCGUCCUCUCUCUCUCUCUCAGCUUCGUUCGCUCUCUCUCCCUCUCUCAACUUCGACCUAAACAAGAUCUCAAGAUAUCGGAGAAUCUCAGCCAGAGGAAGAUGAUGAUGAUAUUCAUGGGAUGGGCUUCUAUGUAUAAGCAACUGGGCUUAGAACCGAUGCUAGGUCUGAGCUUGAUAAAUACCUCAGUGAAGAAUGUGAACCUCAUAGUAAGAUUGUUGAGUUUGACAUUCUAAAUUGGUGGAAAGUCAACUCAUCAAGAUAUCCCAUCUUGGCAAGCAUUGCUCGCGAGGUGUUGGCCAUUCCAGUGUCUACUGUAGCAUCAGAGUCUGCUUUUAGUGCCGGAGGAAGGGUGUUGGAUCCUCAUCGUAGUAAUCUCACACCUAAGAUAGUGGAAGUGCUUGUUUGUACUCAGGAUUGGUUGAGAGGAUCUCCUUUCUCAAACUUAUUUGACGAGGACCUUGAAAAAUUAGAAACAUUUGACCAAAACUUUGCCCACUCCUAGUUAUUCUGUUUCAAUGUGUAUUUCCCUUCUAAGGUGAUAUAUUUUUCUUCUGUUUCAGCUAUGUUGGACUUUUGUUGCCGUAGCACCAUUUGUUCACCGUUGUCUUCCUCGUCGUCGCUGGCGUUCUCUACUUGAAGGUCGUGUCUUUGUUUUUGGCGGCCGGCGUCAAGCAGUCAAGGAGUUAUUUGGCUUUUUUCUUUUCUUUUCUUCUUUCCAGAUUUAGGGAUUUUCAUCUGUAUGUUCAGGAUUUAUACUCUAUCAACACGGGUUACCUUUAUUGAUUGGUAGUUGUACUCUUCUUAUCAAAAUCCAAUCCCCCCCACCGAUAUCAAACCACCCUCCUAUCCAAAAUCAUGUCCGAUACCGAAACCCAAACCAACACCCCACCACCGACUCCAAAAUCAAAGCCACCGCCCGAAACCACCAUCACGACCACGACUGCCUCCAUUCAUCCCGCCCUAACUGUGAGCAAUAUCACAAACUUCAUCAAAAUUACUCUUGAUAUUGAAAAAAGCCAAUAUAAUACAUGGUCUGAGUUAUUUAAAAUUCACGCUCAAGCUUAUGAUGUUCUUGACCAUAUCAUCCCUACACCCACCACUAAUCCUAGCUCCUCCUCUCCAUCUCUCAAAGAAACUUACCCAGCACUAUGGAAUCGUCUUGAUGCCAUAGUUCUGCAGUGGAUUUAUGGUACCAUAUCCACCAGCCUUCUCCAUACCAUCAUUGAGCGUGACCCUACCGCACAAACAGCUUGGGAACAUCUCUUCAACAUCUUCUUUGACAACCAGAACAACACCACCAGCAGUCGCGGCAGACGCGUUGGCUCAGGCAACUAUCCUCCUUGGGAUUCACAGUGGCAGCCACGGCUAACUCCUUCUUGCCCAUAUCCUAACACUGGAAAUCGGCAGCAGUUAGUCGCUCCAACCCAUCAAUCCGGCGUCUAUCCUCCUUGGGAUUCACAGUGGCAGCAACAACUAACUCCUUCUUGCCCAUAUCCUAACACUGGAAAUCGGCAGCAGUUAGUCGCUCCAACCCAUCAAUCCGGCAUCUAUCCUCCUUGGGAUUCACAGUGGCAGCAACAACUAACUCCUUCUUGCCCAUAUCCUAACACUGGAAAUCGGCAGCAGUUAGUCGCUCCAACCCAUCAAUCCGGCGUCUAUCCUCCUUGGGAUUCACAGUGGCAGCAACAACUAACUCCUUCUUGCCCAUAUCCUAACACUGGAAAUUGGCAGCAGUUAGUCGCUCCAACCCAUCAAUCCGGCGUCUAUCCUCCUUGGGAUUCACAAUGGCAGCAACAACUAACUCCUUCUUUCCCAUAUCCUAACACUGGAAAUCGGCAGCAGUUAGUCGCUCCAAACCAUCAUUCCGGCGUCUAUCCUCCUUGGUAUUCACAGUGGCAGCAACAACUAACUCCUUUCCCAUAUCCUAACACUGGAAAUCGGCAGCAGUUAGUAGCUCGAAACCAUCAAUCUGGCGUCUAUCCUCCUUGGGAUUCACCGUGGCAGCCACAGCUAACUCCUUCUUGCCCAUAUCCUAACACUGGAAAUCGGCAGCAGUUAGUCGUUCCAAGCCAUCAAUCCGGCAUUCUUGGGCAGAGAUCACAGCAGGCACACCUCAUUUCAGCACAACCGUCAUACACACCAACAGACAUUCAUGCUGCAAUGCACGCUCUAUCUAUAGCUCCUCCUGCCGCACUUCCUCCUUCAAUCUCCUCCGUAACUAGUGUUGCGAGGAAAAUGAGCACUUCACCACCACCAAUAUAUCCCAGAUUCAUUUCUGUUGAAGCAUCUGAUAUACAUUCCACAACUAAAUCUGACGGUUUCAGAUUCAGCCUUGUCUCCUUUAACAUAUUGGCUCAGGUUUAUGUCAAGAACACUCUUUUCCCACACUCACCUCCUUUGUCUCUCGAAUGGAAAUAUCGUUCAAACUCGAUUUUGGACGUUCUUAAGAACUUGGGAGCUGAUUUUUUCUGCCUACAGGAAAUUGAUGAGUUUUAUACCUUUUACAAAGGAAGGAUGCUGGAGCUGGGAUAUUCUUCUAUUUAUAUGAAGAGAAGUGGAGAGCAAAAGCGUGAUGGGUGUGGCUUGUUUUACAAGCAUGACCGUGCAGAGUUGGUCUUGGAGGAAAAAAUUGAAUACAAUGAUCUUGUUAAGUCAAUUCAAGAUGAGAACUCUUCAAAUGAUGAUGAACACAACAAUGUCCAGACAACCCAGGCAGAUAAACAAAAGGAUGAUACGACCAAAAGUGGACCUAAAUCGGGUACAGAAGAUCGUGGAGAUCCCAAUGAUCCUCGUGUGAGACUAAAACGUGAUUGUGUUGGAAUUUUGGCUGCAUUCAAAUUCAAAGGUCCCUCCAAUCAAUUUCUUAUCGUAGCCAACACACAUAUUUAUUGGGAUCCUGACUGGGCUGAUGUCAAACUUGCACAAGCUAGAUAUCUUCUAUCUCGUUUGUCACAAUUCAAAACACUAGUAUCACAUAAAUACGAACGCAUACCUGAAGUGAUUGUGGCUGGUGACUUCAACUCUCUGCCAGGAGAGAUGGUUUAUCAGUACCUUAUAUCAGGCAACCCAUCAUCAGAACUGACGACUGAUUAUGUAGAUGAGCGCCCUAUUCCUCUAAGUAGUGUCUAUGCUUCUACAAGAGGAGAGCCACCAUUUACAAAUUGCACACCUCGCUUCACUGGAACACUCGAUUAUAUAUUAUUUUCCCCCUCCAACUACAUUAAACCAAUUAGUUAUCUUGAGCUUCCAGAUUCUGAAGCAGCUGAUAUUGUUGGAGGACUUCCAAACUUUAGUCAUCCAAGCGAUCAUCUACCAAUUGGUGCUGAAUUUGAAAUCAACAAGGACUAAAUAUUGUACGGCAAGUGCUAUUUGUGCUCAGUUUUGCAUGUUCAAUGUCCUUUCUCUUUUGUCAAUUUUGAAAUAAGCUGAGAUCAAGUGUACAAUGAGUAUAAUCAUGGUCAUGAAGUCAAUACUGCCACUUGGCUUGAAGCAAAAAGUGUUGCCAAAAAGAAAACUAUGUAGGAAAUUUUGAUCCAUGACGAAAAUUUUAUAGGUUUGACUUCUUACCUCUGAUAAAUUUGCAGUUUAAUCUUUCUGAAGAAAGUGGUUAUAUAUUGACAAUUUGAAAAUUUUGUUAUCCUCUUAUUCAUGUAACUUCUUUCUCAUCGAUUAUAGACAAUAAACUCUGCUGUGUAUCAUUUUGGUCGCAAAAUCAUUUUUGGAGUAAAUAAAUGCUCUUUUUAAUUUCAACGAAAA